AUGACACGCUUAACUCGCCAGCGAGCUCAGGCUGAGAACCAGAACCAGAACCAGAACCAGAACCAGAACCAGAACCAGGACCAGGACCAGGACCAGGACCAGGACCAGGACCAGGACCAGGUACAGCCUGCCCAGCAAGACCAAGCUCUUCAGCAAGACCAAGUUGCUCCGCAGGAUCAAGCCCAAGGCACUAAUCGUCGCCUCCGCCACAUCUCUGGGCCACAAUCGGCUUUGACUGACUACCUUGCCACCAACAACAUCUCUGCAAGCCGGAUCCGUCUUGAAGCUGACCGGCGCCGCGCUGCUGCUGCUAGAAGCCGCCAAGCCCAGGAUGGCCGUGAUGACGAAGAAGAGGAAGCUGGUCCCUCGACGGGGUCCACUGGGGCCACCGAUGCCCCUGACAGCGGCCGCAACGAAACUGAAGCAGAGAGAAAGAAACGUGUGAAGAAGGAGCAGCAGGCUCUAGCCAAGAUCAAGGCAUCCAAGCUCUUCCUCAAACGGAAGCGCUACAUGAGAGAUGCCGAGGCAGAAGACGACUACGCCCGUCUCUUACUCAGCGAGAGAUUGGAGCCAGUUCCGGGCCAGAUGGAUAACUGCGCCAUUUGCAAGAAGCGCUUCACCGUCACGGCCUACUCGCUUAGUGGACCAGAAGGCGGCCUUCUCUGCGCCCAGUGCAGCAAAGACCAGGCUGCAAAGAAGGGGAAGGACGCAAAAAGGCCUCGCAAGUCUGCGAGUGGCCAGGGUAGCCGUCGCAAGGUUCAGAGUAACAUCCUCGAUGGCACGUACCAGACUGGUGCCAAGAAUUUGACGACGCUUUGCAUCGAGACACUGGCGAAGAAUGUCGACCUUGCCGACAGUCUGGGCGAUCUGCCGGACAAGGUUGUGGACAAGAUUGCUCGCCUCUUUUCCAAGCGUCGAUUGCUCAGCCCGGAGACUCUGCCCCUUUUCGUGCAACCCUCGACGACGACGGUGAAAAUCUACGACGGCGCCAAGCUGGGCUCCAAUGACUUUCGGGGCAUAUUCCAGACGACCAGAAACCUUCAACACUUUAAGGCCCGCAAUGCCAUUCAGUUCAAGGACGACGUCCUCUUAUACUUGACGGGCCGCGACUUCAGGCUUCUGUCUUUCAACAUUCAUGGCGCCAACUUGCUCAGCGAUUCUACGUGGACUCUGUUUUUUAAGGCCCAAGGUGCCGACCUAGAAGCCAUCCAGGUCUACUACACGGACAGGCACUUUGGCGACGAAAUGCUCGCUCUGCUUCCGCUUAAGUGUCCCAGGCUGAAGCGUCUCAAAGUCUACCACAAUCAGAAGGUGACGAACGACGGAGUCAAGGCAAUUGGCAAUAUCAAGACUUUGACGCAUCUCGGUCUUCAUCUGCAGCACGACAUCAGUCCCAAGAGCUUGUCCCACAUGAUCCGCGGUGCAGGCCAGGGUUUGGAGACGCUGUCUCUGAGAAAGAUGCCGAAGGCCAAUGACGAGGUCUUAACGGCCAUCAAGAACACCUGCCGGUCCCUCCGAAAGUUUCGCAUCACCGACAGCGAGAACAUGACUGACGAAGGCUUUGUCGACUUGUUCACCGACUGGGCCAACCCUGCGAUCGACACGAUUGACCUUCAGAAGUGCCGUCACCUUGAGUCUACUAAUCCUCGUGACAACCCUGACGGAGUCGGUCUCUGCUCGGACGGGUUCCGUGCCCUCAUGAAGCAUUCGGGCGGCAAGCUCAGGGACCUCAACAUUCACGCGUGUCGCCACAUCAAGCGCGAUGCCUUCGAGGACGUCUUCAACAAAGACGAUCAGUACCCUCAUCUUUCCAAGCUCGAGAUCAGCUUUAUUGAAGAUGUCGACGACUUUGUCCUUGGACGCAUCUUCCGAAGUUGCCCCAACAUUCGCGAGAUCAACGUCUUCGGUUGCAUGAAGGUCAAGGAUGUCAAAGUGCCCAGAGGCAAGGUAGUGGUUGGAGUCCCCAACGCCAUCGGUAUGGUAAUUGAAGGUCGAGAGGACUAG